CUCUCCGAUAUCUCCGAUCAAUUUCUUCAGACAAACUGCAAUGAAUCUCUCUGGCCACCGUCUACCACGAUCCUCCGACUCAGGUCCUGCAGGAUUUGUAGAUGUAGAUGUUUUUGAUGUGGAUCUGAUUGGGACACUCUAAUGGAGUAUUGGGGAACAGAACCAACAAAGAAGAAGAGCAAGAGUGCUGCUGCAAGCCGCUUAUCUAAUCCUGAUGGUAAAGGGAUUCACAAGCUUGUGCAGGUCCUAAGUGUUUUUUGCAGAUUGAGCAUGAGAUGAUGAUUGAGUCUGCAUCGGAUGAACCACCAGCCUACACUGAUCUUGUGCGGAAGACACACACACGCAAAGAUGGAACUUUCAUCGACCAUCGUGCUGAGUGUCUUGUCAACGAAGUAGAGGAAGCUGUUUCACAGUUUACAAGUGAAGAUGGUUCUCCGCACAGCCAAACUGCCACAUCUGCUAUUCUUUCUCGUGUUCUGUUGAACAAAGAAUAUCUGAAGCGUGGACAGUCUAAAACUGGGUAUGUCUAUGGAAUCGGCAGUGUUCAAUACCGGGAAAUCAAUCCAUCUGAGAAAGUAGCUGCUUCUAUUUCCCGCAACCUCGACAUGGAAAUGCGUAUCUCUAGUUUGGAGACAAACUUCAAGACGCUCAACACCAAUGUUGCAGAUUUGAAUACUAACAUGGGAACGGUUAUGGGAGAGCUGGCUGCAUCACGACAAGCACUUAAUCUGAUCAUGCAGUCUCUUGGAAUUAGACAACCGUCUGCUGCUGCUGCUCCUGCUACAACUUCUGCUGCUGCUCAUGCUCCAGCUUCUACAACAGCUGCUCCUGUUCCAGCUUCUACAACAUCUGCUCCUGCUCCAGCUUCUCCUGCUCCAGCUUCUACAACUCCUGCUUCAGCUCCAUCUUCACACCAAGGCAACUUAGAUGCUUGGUGUGCAUCAUUUGGUAGUUAAGUUUCGGUCAAUGAUGGUUAAGUUUUUUUGUUGAACUUUCUAACAGAUAGACUUUUGUUUAGAAAGUCUUUUGGUAAAAUGUAAGAUAAGACUACUUAAUGUGAUAGUUAGCAAUUCUUUUUGGUAAUAUGUAAACAUCAAACUAAUUAUGAUAAUGUAAAAUAUGGU